AUGCAUUCGUACGCAGAGCUAAAUACUAACGAAGCGACUCUAAGCUUAAACGCUCAGUUCCAUGGCCGAACUUUUAGCUUCACGCUCCCGCCUAGCGUCACGAGCGCGCGUAUCCGCGCCGAGAUCCUCCUCCCGGCUACGAAGAGAACGACGGAGGAAUACCUUAUUGCGAACCUCGAUAGCUCGGGCUUUCAGGAAUACCAGGGUGAUUUAGAUCCGCAUACGCCUACUGCGGUUCAGGACGCCACUGUUCAUAACAAUGCUCGCGAUUCUGUUUAUGAAUUGACGGCUCAGACUGCGGAUUUAGACGAGCGCUUCCGCAAGCGUGGAAGCACUAACUUCUUAAAUAGGGGCGACUUUAACGGUAUAACUAAUCCGAUCCCUCGUCCUGCGGCGGCUGCGUCUAGAUUAGUUCGUUCUUCUAGCUUAUACUUAAACAACACCGCGUCUGUACCUAGGCCAGAGCUCUCUUCUAGCAUAACCUUCAACAGCGCGGGGUCUAGACAUGCUGAUACUGUUAAGCAGCACACCUAUACUCCAACUUUGCAUAAUAUGCCCGCUUCACAGACCAAACUCCCUGCGCAUUAUCGGGAGAACUAG